UAGGUUUGUUUUCGAGCUUUGAGACUACACUUGUCUGCGCUAAUAAGUGAAUCGAGUUCGAUACCUUUUCCACUACUUAGGAACCACCUCUCACUUCAACUCACACUGCGUUCACUUCCGCGGUACCUAAUUACAGUCAUGACGUCCCCUGUGGUCCCCUACUACGCAGCUAUAGAAUCGCUUCCGGUGCAACUGCCCACCCUCGAGGAGAUUCAUUCAUCGAAAGAAUUCAUGAGCGAUCAAGAGGCACGGAUGGUGGUGGGAGUUGGCGAGCACUUCGUCGUGAAGUAUGGUGAGGGUGUCGAUCUUAUCGAGGGCGAAACAAUACUACAUCUAGAGUCAACAGUAGUGCCAACGCCACGAAUCUAUGCCUGGUUCCAAGAUCAGAGCACCAAGAAGAAUUACAUCAUCAUGGAACGCAUCAAGGGUCAGGUCCUUGCGUCCAUGUGGUCGGACAUUCCCAAGGUUACAAAAGAGGCCAUUGCAACGCGACUCCGAUCGAUAUUGAACGAUAUGCGAAAACUACCAUCGCCCGACCAAGAUUAUCCGUUUUGCAGUGUAGGGCGCCGUGGGUUACCUGACGGGAUCUUCUGGACCUCCGAUCCAGCCGCCCCGUUCGCAGGUCCGUUCAAGACAGAACAGGAGCUCAACGAAGCCAUGAUCGCGAAGUAUCGACAGGAUGGCAUGUCUACCGAGAGGGGAAACUACUACUCGCGCGUCUUUCAGCAACUCUUCCGAGAUCAUCCCGCAGUUUUCACCCACGGCGACCUGCAACGUAAGAACAUCAUGAUCCGCGACCUUGGCGACGAAAACAAGGAGCCAGAUAUCGUUCUCAUCGACUUCGAGUAUUCCGGGUGGUACCCGAGCUACUGGGAAUACUCACGGGCUAUCUAUGCAUGCGGGAGGUGGUCGGAUGAUUGGAACCUUUCAGUCGAGACUUUCCUGAAGCCGGCGUAUGUAGAGUACGCAUGGACAGAACUGCUUCUCAGAGAGCUAUGGACAUGAGCAAGGACAUUUGUUUCGACAGGGAUUCGAACACGGGUAUUGGUCUUUUUCCAGAACAUGAACAGCGCCAAAGAAACCAGGCUACAAUUUUCAAGGGUUGCCCCUAAUGAGUU